GGCGGCGCUGUCUCGGCGAGGCGCACCGCGCGCCUCCAGUGCCUGCCAGCAGGCGCCCUGAGCGCAGCGUGUUCCGCUCGAGCCCGCGAUCCGACCGACCGACGGCCGCGACUGUACGAUUGUUGCGAUGAAGCAAUACAAAGAACUACUCGCAAUCUCGUAUAAUGCUAAAGUUACCCAAAGGCCUUAAAAAGAAGAAAAAAGGGAAAAAGUCUAAACGCAAAGGCGAAGAGGAACUCUUCACAGAAGAAGAAUUAGAAAAAUAUAGAAGAGAACAUCAACAGCAGCAAACAGAAACCGGAGAAGGAUCAGCUAAGGAGAAUGAAGAAUGGUCUAAAUUUAAGGAUUUAACAACUGGUGUCGAUUCGGUUCUCAAAAAAACACAAGGAGAUUUAGAUCGUAUAAAGUCGACUUCUUUCUUUCAACGCGUAGCACCAAAAGCUCAAGAAGUUAAACCAGAGCCAAAACCAACAUCGCACAGACCAGUAGUUGAAGUUACAGCAGCCGAUUUUCCACAAUUAGUACAAGCAGCAGCCGCUGCAGAAGUUGACAGUGGAGAUAAAAGUGACUACGGAGUAACAGACGACGAAUCUGAGGAAGAAGAUCAAGACGAUAUAUUUGAUACAUCUUACGUAGAAGCAGUCGAACGUGGUGAAGUAAAAUUAGCGUACGUUCCAGAUUCACCUGAAGAAUUUCAAGAUGAUGAUAUUUUUGAUACAUCUCAUGUUGAUGCUUUAAUCAAAGGACAGGAAGCUAAAAGCUCCAAAGGAAAAAAGGCACUUGACAUUGGUAUUGCAGUUGAAGUUCUCACAGGUCGAAUCGACAACGUAACAGUUACUACAAGGAGAUCGAAAAGAACUAUAUCAGGAGAUUUACUAUUAGAAAACACUGAAACAGAUCGUCCAAUUGUUUCAACUACAAAUAAUACUGAACCUGUAGAAAAGAGUAUCUUAGAUACAGACGCUGAUGUUCCUAUUACAACUCCUAUAGAUCUCAGUGUUUCAUUGCAUACAUCACUAAUACUACAAAAUAAAGUAAAUACCCAAGAGGAACCUACAUUUGAUAACACAGAAAAUAAACAAGAUAUUUGUGAAGAGGAAGAAGUAGAUGAGUUUACAUUAUUAGCUGCAGAAUCAUUAGAAAGUAAUACUGAAGCAACAAAAUUACAAGAAAAGGAAAUAAAGUUAGAACCUGUAUUACAAGAGUCAUGGUCAGCUUUUGAGGCGGACAAGAAUGAUGCAGUGUUCGCAGAAAGUAUUGUUGAGGAUCAGAUUGAUGUUAUAGAUCCAUAUCUUGAUCAAGACGACCCUUUCGAUACAAGUUUUGCUGACGUUGUAGUAUCAUCAGCGUUAACCAAGAAAGAAGCUGUUAUUCUUGAAGACGACGACGAUUUUGAUCCUCGUGCUGACGAAAUACCAGCGAGGCUAAAUAAUAGACGAAAAUCAUCUGUUCGUAUUCAUUUAACAAAUCCCUCAGGUAUAAGAGAAUCUAUAACCUCGGAUGAUAUUAUUGACAAAGAAAAUUCUCGUGAUUUACUUGGUGGUAGUACCACAGACUUAACACAAUUAGGCGAUUCACCUUUAGAUCCUGUCGAUAUUAAUAGUACUGAAAUUGAUCCUUUUGACACUACCAUUGUAGACAAUAUUGUUGCACCAGGGAAAAUAGAAUUAAAAUUAUUAGAACAAGAAUUAAUUGAAUCGCAACCUUCUCAAAUUUAUCGAGUUCCCAGUGACCCAGAUUUUGAUCCACGAGCUGAAGAACCAAAGAAAGAAGAAAGACGAGCUUCUCGCCCAGAAAAUUUAGUAGUAAGUAAAAGUGUCGUGUUUAAUAUUGAAACAGUUGAAGCUUUUGAUUUGGACAGUAAAGGAAAAAUUGUAAAACCACUUACGCCAUACUAUACACGUGAUCAUUCUAUUACUGAGGAUAUCAGCGAAGAAGCCGAGGCUGUUGAUAUUGUUACUGACAAUUUGACGAGGACCCGGUCUGAUGAAGAUUUAGCUCCAAAAUCUAAUUAUCAAACUAAAAGGCGACACUCUGAAUAUCCACAGACAAGUAAUAUUAAAAGUAAUUCAAAAUCAAGUGAUAUUUUUUAUAGUACUCAUAACGAAAUUAAAGCAAAAGUAUUAACUCCAUCAGAUCCUCAACAAUCAGCGAAUAAAAUUGAAACAGAUCCAUUCGAUACUUCAUUUGCUGGUGACAUUGCACCAAGUAAAACGGAAUUGAAAUUACUAGCUAAAGAAUUUUCUUGUGAGAACACUGAUAAUAUUCAGAUAGAAGGAUCUGAUCUAUUAGAACCUUCUGACGAUAUAUUUCAAGUCAAAGCUCUCAGUCCUGAACCGACAGCUCCUACUAAUCUUCCAGAAGAAGAUUUUGAUCCAUUUGACACAUCAUUUGCAAGUGAUUUGAAUCCAGGAAAAACUGAGCUAAAUAUGAAUGAACCAGCAGCACCUGUCAGUACUGAUGCAAUACUGAAUCCAUUUAUGAUGACUGAUACAGAACCUAACACAUUUUCCAAUGAUAACCCUUUUGCGGCAAGUAAUCCAUUUUCGGAUUUUGGUAAUAACUACGAACCUCCUGCAGGUGAUACAGUACCGGCUGAUAUCUUUGGUAUUACAGAUCCAACGAGCAUAGGCGCAAAACAGUGCAAUGAUUUUACUGCGGAGACGACAACAUUUGAUGUUUUUUCUGCUCAUUCAAGUGUUUCUGAAAGACUCACUAAACCUACAGAACUUGAGUUAACUUCAACAACAGUAGAUCUUACCUAUCCGAUUGAAGAUGAGACAUUUACACAGCAACGUCCUUUACCUCCUGAAACCCAAAACCUUAUAUUAAGUGUCACUGGUCAGAUGGAAUUUACUAGUUCACACUUACUUGAUCGUAUACCGCCAACCCGAACUCCAAGCCCGGUGUCGGUACGUGAUAUUCACUCACCUAGUCCUACUCCAGAACCAGAGGCAGAACCGGAACCAGUAACUGACAGUUUUGACAUAAACCGAAAUAAACCAGCUCGACCCCCUCCAGCUAGACCUCCGCCAGUGGCACGACCUCCUCCACCACGACCAGCUCCGCCACCUGUGCCUCAAGUACAGCCAUCUCAACAACCGCAACCGAAGCCUACACAACCAGCACUUGACGAUAUUAAUCUUUUUGAUGCACCGGCACCAGUGGCAGUUAAACCAACAAAGGAAGACAUAUUAAGUUUGUAUUCGGCUCCUAAAAAAGAACAGCAACCAAUUGAUUUUCUUAGUGACGAUAUUCUUGAUAGUGCACCUAAUGAAUCGAUCAUGGAAAUACAGCAACCUGUAACUAGCAUGGAUGCUAAUGAUUUUAUGUCAGUGAAAGAUACUGUAGCUCCUAUAGUUUCUGAAGUGAAAUCUGCAGAAACUAAUUUAUCGACACCUGUAAAUGUAAUUGCCGAUGCAGAUGCUGCUAUGGAUUGCACAGAACCUGCACCAGAUAUGUCGUCUACAGCUGUAGUUAAUUCUCCUUUUACUAAUAUAUUAGAUGAUGCAAUGCAAACACGUAGGUCGAGUGGCGCUGAAAAGAAUCCAUUUGAAAUCUCUGGUAAUAUAGAUUCUCACAUGUUUGAAGAAACUCAAGGUGGCAUUUUCAAUGUACAGACAGAUGAUUCUACAAUAAAUAAUACCGUUGUAGAAACUACACAGAGUAAUGCAUUUGAUUCAGUACCUAAUGAAAAUGUAGAAGUUACGCAUAGUGAUGUGUUUAGCUCAACAAAAGAUACUUUCGGAAAUAACGACUUUACAAAUGUGACAGAUUCAUUUAUGGAAACUCAAACGUUACAGUCUAAUGACCCUGGAUGGGGUGAUACAUCUGAAGCAAUGGUUCAAGAUGCGUUCCCAGAAUCGCAAGAUGCUUUUGAUGCAUUUUCUGCUAAAUUCGACUCCACCUCAGCUAACCACAAGAAUACCGGUGCAUGGGGUGAUGAGGGCAGUUCGGAAGGUAUUCCGAGUGGUUUCGAGGCAGAAGCAUUUGAUCCAUUUUUGAGCAUGGAUGCUCCACCACCGCCUGCUGCCACGCCACGUCUCGAUCACCAAGGUUCUCGAGAUUCGACUGAUGACACUUUCUCUGUGUUCAUCAGACCCAAAGACAAUGACACCUCUGGAGAAGAAGCUGCCGUGCCAGUGUUGGCCCCACCACCUCGACCGCAGGCUUUACCAGAAUCCCCCCGAUUUAAUCCAUUUGAUAAAAGUGGCUUUGAAUCACAGCAAGUUCCGGCAGAUGCACAAAAUCAAGUGGCAGACGAUGAAAGACGUCGAUCCACCAGCGGAGGCGAAACACCACCGACACCUCUCUUCGAUGAAGACGUGUCCAUGCCGCUCGAGGACUUCCCAAGGACCACAUACAAGGGCCCAGGCUGGGAAAUGCAUUUGCGUCAACCCAAUAAAAAGAAAAUUACUGGUCAGAGGUUUUGGAAGAAAGUAUUCGUGCGGAUGACUUACCAAGGUGACAAUCCUGUGGUGCAGCUAUUCAAUGCUGCUGGAGACAAGGAACCAUUCCAGGAGUUGCCACUGCAGGCGUGCUACUCAGUGUCUGAAGUAGGCGCUCAGCAAUUUGACCAGUUCGGCAAGAUAUUUACUGUCAAACUGCAAUACGUGUUCUACAAAGAGCGACCUGGAGUCAGGCCGGGUCAAGUUACAAAAGCUGAACGCAUUACAAAUAAACUGUCACAGUUCGCCGCCUAUGCUAUCCAGGGCGACUAUCAGGGCGUCAAGGAAUUCGGCAGCGACCUUCGAAAACUGGGUUUACCUGUUGAACAUGCACCUCAGGUGUCUCAGCUGUUCAAGCUGGGGUCGCUUAACUACGAGGAUGUCAAGCAGUUCUCGUGCUGCAUAGAGGAGGCCCUGUUCCGGCUGCCGGCACACAGGGACCGCGCCCUCACUUAUAAAAUGGAGGAGGUACAAAUAACAGCUGUGGACGAGUUGUAUGUGGAGCAAGACGCUGAGGGUUCAGUCCUGAAGCAGAUUGCACGCGUGCGAUUAUUUUUCCUGGGCUUCCUCAGUGGCAUGCCGGACGUGGAGCUGGGUGUGAACGACCUCCGGCGUCAGGGCAAAGAGGUGGUGGGCCGCCACGAUAUCAUCCCCGUCGUCACCGAGGAGUGGAUUCGCGUCGAGGAUGCUCAGUUCCACGCCUGCGUGCAGCCGGAGGAGUUCGAUAACACGCAGAUUAUAAAGUUCAAGCCGCCGGACGCGUGCUACAUAGAACUGAUGCGCUUCCGAGUGCGCCCUCCCAAGAACCGGGAGUUGCCCCUGCAGCUGAAGGCAGUCUGGUGCGUCACCGGUAACAAGGUGGAGUUACGUGCGGACGUGCUGGUGCCAGGAUUCGCGUCUCGGAAACUGGGCCAGGUGCCGUGCGAGGAUGUCUCCAUCCGAUUCCCCAUCCCUGAGUGUUGGAUCUACCUGUUCAGGGUCGAGAAACACUUUAGAUACGGCUCCGUCAAGUCUGCUCACAGGCGCACAGGCAAGAUAAAAGGCAUUGAACGCUUCUUAGGAGCAGUUGAUACCCUGCAAGAGUCUCUAAUUGAAGUCACAUCGGGCCAGGCCAAGUACGAGCACCAGCAUCGGGCUAUAGUCUGGAGGAUGCCCAGAUUACCCAAAGAGGGCCAAGGUGCGUAUACGACCCACAACCUGGUGUGCCGCAUGGCGCUUACGUCCUACGACCAGGUGCCGUCGGAGCUGGCGCGGCACGCGUUCGUGGAGUUCACGAUGCCGGCCACGCAGGUCAGCCACAUGACCGUGCGCUCCGUCUCGCUGCAGAACCACGACAACGACCCGCCGGAGAAGUACGUGCGCUACCUCGCCAGGCACGAGUACAUAGUGGGCAUCGAGCGGACGUCAGGGCAGGCGGCGCCGGCGUACGCGGUGGCGGCCGCCAGCGACGCCCGGCCCUGCGCACCCGCCGCCCCCGCCGCCGCCCCCGCUGCCCCGCAGCCGCCCUCUUCGGACUCCGACUCGGAUUAGAUCUGAUAUUAAUCACUUCAGCCGGAACACAUUGUAUAUAUACAUCAAAAUCACUAUAAUACAAAAUAUUUAUUGUAUCUAUUUUUAAGAGACGAUCGAUGCUUCGGACGAUACCCCACCGCUGCGUAGUCUAAUUGAUAUAUAAAAGCAGAUGUUAAGAUGUUAAUCGAUACUAUUUUAAAGGUCUGUUGAGUAAUUAAUGAUCCUAAUAAUUUAAUCGCCUGUUGUGCGCACAAAAAAUGUAUUUAGCAACCAGAGUGCGAGUGAGAGUUAGUGUUCCUGUCUCUAAGCAACGAGUACAGUGAUCCAUGAGAGCGAUGAACUAUGAGAGUGACGAAUCGUAUAAGCGGUGAGCCGUCAGAGCGUCAAAUCGCGCAAACGGUGAGCCGUGAGAGCGUCAAAUUGCGCAAACGGUGAGCCGUGAGAGCGUCAAAUCGGCAAGUGGUGAGUUGUGAGAGUGACGAACUAUGCAAGCGGUGAGUCGUGAGAGCGACGAAUCGUGCAAGCGGUGAGCCGUGAGAACGUCAAACCGUGCAAACGGUGAGCUGUGAGAGUGACGAACUAUGCAAGCAGUGAGUCGUGAGAGCGUCAAAUCAUGCAAGUGGUGAGCCGUGAGAGCGUCAAAUUUGCAAGCGGUGAAUCGUGAGAGCGACGAACUAUGCAAGCGGUGAGUCAUGAGAGCGAUGAAUCUUGCAAGCGGUGAGCCGUGAGAACAUCAAACCGUGCAAACGGUGAGCUGUGAGAGUGACGAACUAUGCAAGCGGUGAGUCGUGAGAGCGUCAAAUCAUGCAAGCGGUGAGCCGUGAGAGCGUCAAAUUUGCAAGCGGUGAAUCGUGAGAGCGACGAACUAUGCAAGCGGUGAGUCAUGAGAGCGAUGUAUCUUGCAAGCGGUGAGCCGUAAGAGCGUCAAAUCGUGCAAACGGUGAGCCGUGAGAGCGACGAACUAUGCAAGGGAUGAGUCGUGAUAGUGACGAAUCAUGCAAACGGUGAGCCGUGAGAGCGUCCAAUUUGCAAGUGGUGAGUCGUGAGAGCGUCUCGUAUUGUACAAGCAGUAAGCGUUAUGCGCACUGUCAGCAUGACGACUUAAACUAUUCGAUUAUUUUUGAAUACAUAUUACGCGAUUGUGAAUCACGUGUAUAUUAAAUAUAUUAGCGGUUUAACUGAUAAAUCCAAAUGCAUAUAUCUGCAUAAAUAUGAUAUUUAUGCUACUAUAUUUAUAUAUUGAAAAACAUGGUUUCAUAAAUUAUGUAUAAUAAGUACGUAAAAUGAAAUAUCAUUAAGUAAUAAAAAUUUCAUUUUGAACAAAAAAAUAAAAUAAACAUCGUGAUCAACGAUUAUGAUGGUAGUUGAUUUGUAAUAGAAAUAGAGGCAUGAUUAUAAUAUAGCUUGUAGACGCGUGAUAAUACCUACCACUGUAUUUAAAACUGGUGUUAAACAUAUAUUAAUCAGCGAAUUGUAUCGUCAUAAACCUUAUAGAGCGAUCAAAAAUUAUUUGAAAAUAAUAGUCAUGUAGGCAAUAACUAUUUAUAGAGUUAUGUAUUGUAAAAUAUACACGGAUCUGUUGCUUGGAACUUUGAUAGUGUAUCGUUCGUUGAUCUUUUUGAAUUCAAUAAUAAAUGUGAAAGAAUUACAUUAUUGUUGUUAACCGAUGUAAAACUUAGAUCAAAUUGUCCCUGGUGUUAAGGGUAGGGUGGCAUCACAUAGAGUUAACGAAGUAUCUAUAAGUAUACAAAGUUAGUCGGAAAGGAUAUACCGUGGACUUAGUAUAACGUACUUAAAUUUUGCAAUCUAAAGGAUAUUCCAAUUCAAAGCUCAGUUAAUAUUCGUGAAAUUGAACAAUUUUAAUCAAGGAAUCAAUUCGAAUUUUAAAAAAAAAUAGUACCAAAUAAUAGCCAAAGAUAAGGUAAAGGUACCGAAUAAAAGCUAAAGAUUUCUGUAUAUCAUGUAAAAUAUAAAGAAAUCUUUAGAUCAAUACAGCUAUAUUUAUAAAUACAAAUGCUUGUAUUAUGUAGAUCGAUUUGCAAUUAUCUAAAGGCGAGACAGUGUUUUAAAAAAUAUUAUACCAUAAUGUAAUAUAUAUAUUUUUUUAUAUCAAUAUUUUUUUUUAUAAUUGGAACUAUUUCUUUGAUAUUUUGUAUAAUGUGAACGAAAUUUAAAAAAAAUCUUAUUUUGUCUAUGUUCCUUGGUGAAGAUGCCAUGUUCAAAACAUGAAUAUUAACUCAAGAUUCCUUACAAGUAUAGUCCUUUCAGUCUAACCGUAUAAAUAUAUAUAGAAUAAUAAAUUAUACAAAGUAGGUUCACACGAUAAAUCUAAUAACAUAUUUAGGUACAAUAAAUAAUUAUAUAACAAAAUAAAAUUAUAUAUUUAUUGAUCAAUAUGUAAUCAAAUUAAGACCUACCUACAAAAUGUUUAGCUCUAUUCGAGAUAUGUUGCAUGUACCUAGUACUACGCGGUGGACCUCAUGUUUUGUUGUUAAUAAAAUUAUUAUGCCCGUA